AAUUAGUAGCAUCCAGCUAGCUAAUUUCUUAGAUAUCGACUUCACACCAACCUAAUAACUUACAUUUUCAUUUUUCACAUUUUACACUAAAAAACCAAAUCACUAUAUCUCACUCUCUUAAAGCAAAAACAUUAUAAAAAACCACUAUACUAUAACAACCUCUUCAUACUUCAUAACUAACUCAUUCUCUCUCACACACACACACACACACUCUCAAAUCCUCAUCAUAAUCACAAUGGACUUCGAUAGACUUGGACCGUUGGAUCCAGGUGGUUCAUCUCGUCGCUCCACCGCACCUCUAACAAACUCCACCACAUCCAAUUCAUCUCAAAAAAACAAUAAGAAACUCAUCAUGAUUUCAAUCCUCGCCGUCACUUUAAUCAUCGCCUCCGCCAUCUCCGCCACACUAAUCACUGUAAUCCGCUCCCGUGCUUCAUCCAAUGAUCAAAACUCCGCGAACCACCGCGCCAAACCAACUCAAGCAAUCUCCCGAACCUGUAGCAAGACAAGAUACCCCUCACUAUGCAUAAACUCCCUCCUAGAUUUCCCCGGCUCCACCGCCGCCUCCGAGCAACAACUAGUUCAUAUCUCAUUCAACAUGACACAUCGCCACAUCAGCAAAGCACUCUUCGCAUCCUCAGGGCUCUCGUAUGCAGUGUCAAACUCACGAGUUCGCGCUGCAUACGAGGAUUGCCUGGAACUAAUGGACGAAUCCAUGGACUCAAUCAGAAUGUCCAUGGAUUCAUUAACCACCAUGUCAUCGACUCUUUCCCGCGACGAUGAACCAUCAAAUGCCGCGGGAUCAGAGGAUGUGAUGACGUGGCUCAGUGCCGCGUUAACUAACCAAGACACAUGUAUGGAAGGAUUUGAAGACAUUAGCGGCACCGUUAAGGAUCAGAUGGUGAAUAAUUUGAAGGAUUUAUCGGAACUAGUGAGUAAUUCUCUCGCGAUAUUUUCAGGGAGUGGAGAUUUUGAUCUUACUGGAGUGCCGAUACAGAAUAAGAGACGGUUAUUGGGAAUUGAGAAACAAGAUAAUGAUGAUGUUGUCGGAGAUAUCUCGCGAGAAUUUCCGAAAUGGCUUAGGAAACGAGAUAGGAGAUUGUUGAGUUUACCGGUAUCGGAGAUUCAAGCUGAUGUUAUCGUUUCGAAAAGCGGUAACGGAACGGUGAAGACAAUUACUGAAGCGAUUAAAAGAGCACCGGAUCAUAGUAGCCGUCGGUUCAUAAUCUAUGUGAGGGCAGGAAGGUAUGAAGAGAAUAAUUUAAAGGUGGGAAAAAAGAAAACCAAUAUUAUGUUUAUAGGAGAUGGGAGGGGUAAAACUGUCAUUACAGGAAAAAGAAGUGUUGGAGAUGGCAUGACUACUUUCCACACCGCUUCCUUUGCUGCUAGUGGUCCUGGCUUCAUGGCACGUGACAUUACAUUUGAGAACUAUGCUGGACCGGAGAAGCACCAAGCGGUGGCGCUCCGUGUUGGAGCAGAUCACGCGGUGGUGUACCGCUGCAACAUUAUUGGGUACCAAGACUCAUGCUAUGUCCACUCCAACCGUCAAUUCUUCCGCGAAUGCAACAUUUAUGGCACCGUAGAUUUUAUAUUUGGAAAUGCUGCGGUUGUUUUUCAAAAGUGCAACAUUUAUGCUCGCAAGCCCAUGGCCCAACAAAAGAACACCAUCACGGCUCAAAAUAGAAAAGAUCCAAAUCAAAAUACGGGUAUUUCCAUUCAUGAUUGUCGGAUCCUACCUGCCCCAGAUCUAGCCUCAUCAAAGGGCAUUGAAACAUAUUUAGGUCGUCCGUGGAAAAUGUAUUCUAGGACCAUUUACAUGUUGUCCUAUAUGGGUGGUCACGUGCAACCACGCGGAUGGUUGGAAUGGAAUGGAGACUUUGCUUUAAAUACAUUGUAUUAUGGUGAGUACAUGAAUUUUGGCCCGGGUGCAGCUAUCGGACAAAGGGUCAAAUGGCCUGGAUACCGAGUCAUUACUUCUACUGUGGAGGCCAAUAGAUACACCGUGUCCCAAUUCAUCUCCGGUUCGUCGUGGUUACCAUCUACAGGAGUGGCAUUUUUGGCCGGGUUAUCCACUUGAUCACCAAUGCAGAUAUCUAUAGAAAGAAAUUUACAUUGUUACAUAGUCCAAAUUAAUUAACACCUCAAUUGGGGGAACACAUGGAUUCUAUUUUUAUAGUUUUAUUUUUGGCUUAAUUGUACCAAAUAUAUAGAUUACUGGGAAAAAUUUAUUUUGUCAAUGAUGCUAAUAAUAAAUGUUAAGCUGUAAUCAGGCUUUAUAUAAUAUAGGUAAUGUAAUUGUAUUAUUCCCCUCAAAAA